CCGCCCCGCCCCCUCCCAGCAGGGCGCCGCGCGGCCGAGGCGGCAGCAGAGUCCGAUCGCGCCCGGCCCGCCCCGCGUGGCCCCGGUUCGAGCCCCGCCGCCGGCACCAUGAUGAAGUUUCGGUUCCGGCGCGGGGGCCACGACCCGCAGCGCGACCGGAUCAAGCAGGAGCUGUUCGCCUUCAACAAGACGGUGGAGCAUGGGUUCCCCAACCAGCCGAGCUCCCUGGCCUACGACCCCAAGCUGCGCAUCAUGGCAGUGGGUACCAAAUCCGGAGCUGUGAAAAUCUAUGGAGCUCCGGGCGUGGAGUUCACCGGACUGCACAGGGAGACGGCCACGGUCACGCAGAUGCAUUUCUUGCCGGGACAGGGCCGGCUGCUGUCCUUGCUGGAUGACAACACCCUGCACCUGUGGGAGAUCUACCACAAGGAUGGCUGCUCCCACCUGGAGGAGAUCCACAGCUUCGCUCUCCCGGGACGCCCAGGGUUCGACAGUGCUAACUCGCCGCCCAGCAUCGCCCGUGUGACUGUGAUCCUGCUGAAGUCGGCCUGCGACGUGGCCUGUCUGGGCACCGAGGGCGGGGGCGUUUACUUCUUGGAGCUCUCUGGCUUGACCCUGCUGGAGGACAAAGCCUUGUUCCAGGAUGAGAUCCUGCAGAGCGUGCCUGACGACUACCGUUGUGGGAAGGCCCUGGGGCCAGUCGAAUCCCUCCAGGAGCAUCCGCAAGACCCCAGCAAGAUCCUGAUCGGCUACAGCCGGGGGCUGGUGGUCGUGUGGGACGAAAUCGCAAGGAAGGUCGACCAUCUCUUCCUGGGCAACCAGCAGCUGGAAAGCCUCACCUGGGAGCGGAGCGGCAAGACCGUGGUGAGCUCGCACAGCGAUGGCGGCUACAUGGUGUGGUCUCUGAACAGCUCUAGCCAGAAGACGCUGCAGCCCCUCCUGUCCACCAUCCCUUACGGUCCUUUCCCCUGCAAAGCCAUCAACAAGAUCCUGUGGAGGACCUGCGAGUCCGGCAGCCACUUCAUCAUCUUCAGCGGGGGCAUGCCCCGUGCCAGCUACGGAGACCGGCACUGCGUCAGCGUCCUGCAGGGACAAACCCUCGUCACCCUGGACUUCACCUCCCGCGUCAUCGACUUCUUCACCGUACACAACACUGAGGCGGCCGAGGGGGAGUUCGACAACCCCCGAGCCCUGGUGGUCCUGGUGGAGGAGGAGCUGGUGGUCAUCGACCUGCAGACACCCGGCUGGCCCACGGUCCCUGCGCCCUACCUGGCACCCCUGCACUCAUCUGCCAUCACCUGCUCCUACCACAUCUCCAACGUCCCCCUGAAGCUGUGGGAGAGGAUCAUCAGUGCGGGGGAGCAGCAGAACCCGCAGCUCUCCUCUGUGAAUUGGCCAAUUGAUGGAGGGAAAAACCUGGCCCAGGAGCCCACCCAGAGGGGCUUUCUCCUCACAGGUCAUGAGGACGGCACAGUCCGUUUCUGGGACGCGUCGGGGGUGUCCUUGAAGCCACUGUACAAGCUGGGCACAGCCAACAUCUUCCAGACCGACUGCGAGCACAACGACAGCCUGAACCAGGCCGAGGAAGAGUGGCCGCCCUUCCGCAAGGUCGGCUGCUUUGACCCCUACAGUGAUGACCCCCGGCUGGGCAUCCAGAAGAUUGCGCUGUGCAAAUAUACGGCCAGGAUGGUGGUGGCUGGCACUGCAGGGCAGGUGCUUGUCAUGGAGCUGAGUGAUGAGAAGUCGGAGCACGCCAUCAGCGUGGCCACGCUGGACCUGCUGCAGGACCGCGAGGGCUUCACUUGGAAGGGACAUGACCGGCUGGCGCCCAAGAACGGCACCAUCGCCUUCACCCCUGGCUUCCAGCCCAGCAUCCUGGUGCAGUGCCUGCCCCCAGCCGCUGUCACCGCUGUCACCCUCCACUCCGAGUGGAACCUCGUUGCCUUUGGCACCAGCCAUGGCUUCGGCCUCUUCGACUACUACCGCCGCAACCCCGUGCUGGCCAGAUGCACCCUGCACCCCAACGACUCCCUGGCCAUGGAGGGGCCCCUGUCCCGUGUGAAGUCCCUGAAAAAGUCGCUGCGCCAGUCCUUCCGCCGCAUCCGCAAGAGCCGCGUCUCUGGCAAGAAGCGGGUCCCCACCAGCAGCCCCUCCAGCAAGGUGCAGGAAGCUAACGCCCAGCUGGCGGAGCAGGCAGGGCCUCCCGAGGUGGAGAUGACGCCCGUGCAGAGGCGGAUCGAGCCCCGGUCGGCUGACGACUCGCUCUCGGGCGUGGUGCGCUGCCUCUACUUUGCCGACACUUUCCUGCGAGACGCCACGCACCACGGGCCCACCAUGUGGGCAGGCACCAACUCGGGCUCCGUGUUCGCCUACGCGCUGGAGGUGCCGUCGCAGGAGAAGUUUUCGGAGCGGGCGGUGGAGGCCGUGCUGGGUAAGGAGAUCCAGCUGAUGCACCGUGCGCCUGUCGUGUCCAUCGCGGUCCUGGACGGCCGUGGCAACCCCCUGCCCGAGCCCUACGAGGUGUCACGGGACCUGGCCAAAGCCCCCGACAUGCAGGGCAGUCACUCCGUGCUCAUCUCCUCCGAGGAACAGUUCAAGGUAUUCACGCUGCCCAAGGUCAGCGCCAAGACCAAGUUCAAGCUGACGGCGCACGAAGGCUGCCGGGUGCGGAAGGUAGCGCUGGUGAGCUUCGCCAGCGCGGCCUGCGAGGACUAUGCAGAGCACGGGCUGGUCUGCCUCACUAACCUGGGCGACAUCCACAUCUUCUCCGUGCCCGGCCUGCGGCCCCAGGUACACUACGACUGCAUCCGCAAGGAGGACAUCAGUGGCAUCGCCUCCUGCGUCUUCACCAAGCACGGCCAGGGCUUCUACCUGAUCUCGCCCUCGGAGUUCGAGCGCUUCUCCCUGAGCGCCCGAAAUAUCACGGAGCCGCUCUGUUACCUGGAGCUCACCCGGCGGCACGACGGCACCUGUCUGGGGAACAGCUUCCCGGGGACGCCAAAAAUGAGCCAGGCCAAUGGCACGAACGUCCUUCCCGGCUCAGAGGCUGGCCACUCCCCUGCCGACAGUGACCGGACGUCUGAGGAGCACCAGGCCGCUUUCUCCCUGACGCCCGUCGACUCCCCCAACAGCAGCCUGGAGACUCCCGUGGACUCCACCGGAGACAUCACUGUGGAGGAAGUGAAGGACUUCCUGGCCUCCACGGAGGAAGCCGAGAAGAGCCUGAGGAUCCUAAGCGAGGAGGACGCUCGGUUGCUGGGGAUCCUCAUCAAGUGAGGAGGGCAGCUGCCAUGGCCCCUGUGGCCGCACCCUACGCGGACCUUGCAGAUGUGCGACUCCCCCAGGAUGCGGCGACGCUUCUCCCCAGAGCCCCUCGCGUAAUGUAGACUUGCCGCCGCCUUCCUAACACCCAGACUGGACGUUGGCGCCCGUCGGCUCCCUGCCCACGCGGCUGUUGGACUUCUCCCCACCUGACGUUGCCCCAAGACCCUCCCUGCACAACACUACAGCUCGGCCAGCAUGGACAGGGCAGGCGCAGGGGCCUGAGCCCCUCUGGACGCACUGGACCUGGAAGGUCUUAGACACUUGUUCGUCACUUAUUUCCCUUCCACCAUCCCCCCCCACCACCUGAGGAGCACAAGGAAGGAGCUGCAGGACAUGGCUCUCGGCCUGCCCCCAGGAGCUCCUGGACUUCAUGCCCACUGCGCACCUUCCUCACUCGGGGCUGCCCCGUGGCACCAGAGCUGUGGACGGGGAUGGGGCUUUUACCCCUGCUCACCGGCUUGCCAAGGCCUACGGUUGAGGGCACGGAGGACCUUCCCUGUUGAUGCCAACUCCCUGGAGAUGUAGCCCAACAGCCCCCUGCUACCAGCCCAUGCCAAGGGCCCUGACUUCUCUGGCUGUGGUGCCCCCUUGGCGCCCAGGGCCUUGCUCUGCAUGUGGCUGCUCCAGCUGGGAGGAGUGGCCUGACUGCUGUGCCCACUUCAUCCCCUGCACAAACCUACACAGCUGCCAUGCAGCACCAGCACUGUGGGGCACAGGCCUGUCCCCGUCACCCUCCCUACCCCAGAGGAGCAUGUCCAGACUCCCACGGAGGCAGGGGAGCGUCCUCACUCUCACGCUCAGGCAGGGGAGAAACACAGUGGCCUUCAACACACCAGGUUUUCCAAGGGCUUCCCCCACCGGGGACUCAGCGCUCUCCUUUUAGGGUGCUGCUAGGAUCCUCCCCUGGCACCGACCCAGUCCCUGUGUGGGGCUGGCAGCUGCUGAGGGUGCAUGGUUUGGGCUCCUCUAGGAAGGGUGCAGGGGGCCCAGUGCCCUGCUGGCUGGGAGUAGAGGGCCUGGCCAGGGUUGCUCCAGCCUCUGAGCUGGGCAAGGCUUUUGCCUGCACUGGUUCCUGCUCCCGGUGCCCUGGCUCCUUCCUUCACCCCUGCAGGGCUUCUCACUGGGUUUGCACCUUGCUCCUCUGCCUGUGCAGGCUGGGCUGGGUUUUCCCACAGUGGGGCUAAUGCAGCGGCUCCCAUCUCCGGAGCAGUCGGCUCCUUUUUCUCCCCUGUGCUGGGGCAGGUGGGGCCCUGAGGCCUGCAGGCAGGCCAGCUGCGGGGCUGGGGGUGGCUCGCUGUAGCCCUGCUCCCCUGCCAGGGACCUGCCCACUUUCUUGCCACAGAGCAAGGGGGCGCAGGCAGGUGCAGCAGGGUUUACUGUGCCGCGGCGCAGGGCAAAGGGGGCCAAGGCCUGGUGGGGGUGUAAGCUGGGACCAUGGAGGCCUGUGGGUGCUUUUCCUUGCAGGCACAACUGGAUGUGCCAAGUUGGGGCCAGAGGGCCUGAGCUGCCCCCUGCCCCUCCCCAUCUGGGGCAUCCGUGGGCCCUGUCCUGUGCCCGGGCAGGGGAGCCUGGGGGCAGGCUCCAGCAUCCCUGGCAGCACAACCCUCUCGUGACCUUUUUGUUAAGAUGAAUUUAGCAGUGUUUAGUUAUUAAAUAGGAAAAAUACUGGUUUUUAAUAUGGAAAAUAAAGCAUUUAAUAUCUCGUA